UAAGCGCGUUGUCAUCUAUUUGUUCCGUCAGCGCAUGUUCUCUUCAAGGAGAAAUGUACCCUGACGCCCGAAACUCUCCUUCCAAGGGAAAAGCAAAGCAAGCUGAUGCACAACAUUGGCAGUCGCACUGGUGGGAUUUUCAUCCCCUAGCAGAUCAUCUCCAAAGACCCGUCGCUUGGUCUAAUGCGUCAACCAUAUUCACUGCCCACCCUUCUCAGCCCUUAAUACUCGGAAGAUUGUUUUCUUCCUCAAAGCAGUUUCUCGUCGCAUCUCCAGAUCAAAUAUUGAACAAUCCUGCUGCUUAUGAACCUCCGAAUGUCAUCACUGUUUCAUCCAAUGACCAUUGGUUAUUUGCAUACUUUCCAGGCCGCGACUGCGACGGCAUCGGGUGUCUGUGGCAACGUGGAUAUAGCCUUGACAAGUGGAACAUCAGAGAAUACUGGGCUUGCGAACGAGGUGCUGGUGUCGUCAGUGCUGUGUUCGUCGGGGCUGAGCGCGAGUGGGUCACAUGUCCAGAUGGUUCUACAUCUCGUUUGACUCAAUGUGGACCUCUUACUCCCGUGUCUAAUCCCACCCUACUCACAGUAACCCAGGCUCACCAACUGAAUGUCUACUACCUCCGGACUUAUGCCUCGGGUGUAAGAUCUUUGACGUGUUCCCUUGUGCAGCCCUGCUAUACUGCUGAGAACUAUAGCCAAGUGUCUCAUGAUCCUCCCCGUGGACCCAAGACUUCCAGACUCUGCGUCGCAGCUUCGUUCGGUUUCAUUUUCAACGAGUAUGUAUUUUUAGUCGCCCUGAGAUCCCGACGGUAUCCGUUAUCGGAUACCCUAAGAGCAGCGUCGGACAACUCCCUUGAUCUCGGACUUCCUCUUGAUAUCACUGCAGACAGUCAACUGGAUGACCGUCCGCCAUUGUUGGAUUGGAAUGCUUACGAAGAGGAGCAAAUGAUUGAGCUUUGUGAGGUGAAGCUGCGCUUCGAUGGCGCGUGUAUGGCCAUCGUCACCGCACCUCUCCCACCCAUUUAUCACCCCGGGCCCUGCCUGACAAACUUCGUGUUCGUCUCAGUACCUGGAUCCAAACCAGAUGCUUCCACUUCGCCCAAAUCAUCGCCAAAGAAGGACAAGCAGCCCCAACGUGGUCAUCUGGAACCGACUACAGCAUAUCUAGUUGCAUCAUUCUUGGAUUUCGAGGAAUAUGCAUCGCUGCCAAAGUCUCGAAUAGUCGCAUACUCAAUAGUCAGGGUCAUUCCACCAAGUAGCAAAAUUCCUUGGGCCGCUCGGCUUGUCGGAGACCGGUCUCUUUCUCCUCGCAUUCUGACAGUUGUUGCACCUGGCUCUUUGUCGGUCGCAACGAGAAAGGCAACGGUAGUUGUUGCAAUGACCGAUCCAGGUGGAUCGUUGGCACGAAGCGCAUCCAAGCCAAAAGAAGUCCCUGUGGGCAAUCUCUCUGCCUUGCAGCUACCUGAGCUCUCCGAUGAUCCUGACUGGGAUCAUCCAAGCAUUCUCACGCUUGCCAACAGGGCGAGCAGCGAUUGUCCUCUGAGCAUUUUCACAUCGCCCAACAAAUUACUUGCUUGUGCAGUUUCAAUGCUGCAGACCUCCGUUUACACUCUUCCAAGGGCACGCAUCACUUCAGGAUCGAAAGACACCCUGCAUCAGUUGCCUCUCGCACAAGCCUUGACUAUUGCACUUCAAUCUCGAAGAUCAACAGCAGAUAUAUCUCACAUUCUUUCUCUACCGAGUACUCCAGCCACUAUGCUGCACGAUACGCUAUUUGGUACCUUGACCUCCUAUGAGGUGAAUGCUCGUCAUGGCACCGCGAACUCGUUUUCGAUGGUCGACGUGAUGGGAGCUGCUGUUGAGAUAUACAGAGCAAGGGCUCGUCGAACGAAAAACGAAGAUGAGAAAGAGAAAUAUUUGAUGCUCUCGCGAAACGCUCUCAACGUGUGUUCUGUCUCCGCUUGUCUCGCUGCUUUUGAAGACUGCCAAGAGUCAGAGGGAUAUGACCUUGAGCCCGUCUGGCAGUUAAUCAGCCUUUCCACCUGGGUGGUUGCUUUUUUGGAGGAACUUAUGAAAGAAUGCGUCUUCCUAGCCGACCUGGCCGACCCAACCCCAAACAUGAGCCAAAAGUCCAAUGAAGUGAUACCGAAGGAGGAACCUAUGGACGAUAACCCGUUUCUACGAGAUUCCGCGAACCAAUCGUCAUCGCCUCAUUCAGCGUCAUUUGACACACCGAUACUUCUCCAUCUAGUUCAUCCACUUGCUCUCACGAAUCUUAGGGCAGUAACAUUUCACGUCAACUGUUUCCAUCAAUAUUUGGCCUCGAUGACGGCCAAACGGGAGAACUCCCAGUUCGCGAGGGAUAUCAUGUUGGACCUCGUCAGUUCCUCAGGCUUGGACCUGAAAGUUCUCGAAGACAUUCUGAGCACUGCGAUCCCAGAAGCGAGUGCAAUUCCAGUGGAGGAAGUCAUGGCUUCGUUUGCCGAGGGACAUGCUGUGCCCGCACAGCAUGAUCAGUUGAAGAAGACCAUCCGAUCGCUUACGACAUCAUCUGCGAUCGACAAGCCUCAGUUGUUCAUCAAGUCAUUUGAUCUUGUUGAUGGUUUUGCAAGUCUGUCGGCGUCGGACAGUCCUCCAGGAGACGAUCCUGGAACGGACGUGGUGACAAAGGGCGUGCUUUCGACACAAAAUCCUGGGCUUCUUUGCCUCCGGUGCGGUAGACGCUCCCAGGUUGGAGGAGAGGUGAUUGAUGCGGGACAUUCAUCUCCCAGAUGGAAGACCUGGGAAAGGAUGUGGGCGGCGAGGUGCAUCUGUGGGGGAUCUUGGGUGAGCGGUAAUAUUUAGCAUGCUGUGAAAUAAAGUGCAUCGAGGUGCAGUGGCUGUUUUGGGCAACGUGGCUGGUUCGCUUCAAAAUGACACUUCGGGUCCGUUUAAGUAUCACAAACUUUCUACUCCAAUGGUCCAGACUGGCCGCAACCAGACUCGCUUCUUCUGUAGCUCCGCUAGAUCUUAUAAUCGAGAAGGAACGACUGUUAUGGUCUGGCUUGGAGACUAGAAAGAUCUGGGGGAAGACUGGGCCCUGAGUGAUUAGUAUGUACAAACAAAGCGCCACAAAUACUAAUUGGCCAG